AUGGAACUUCGUGUUCUCAUGGGAUUUGUCUUAAGUUUCACUUUGCUUGAACUAGCUUUAACUCAUGCAGCUUCAUCUUCAGAGGUCUAUUGGCAAUCUAAGUUGCCCACCACUCCUAUGCCUAAAGCUCUUCAUGAUCUUCUACCGUCUGAGCACAGGAGUGACACUAGUGAUGGUAGCAGGAGAGAAAAGGGCAGAGGAAUAGGUUUCAAAGAUAAUGCAAUCAGUGUUGGCCUAAAUAUAGGCGGACUAGGCAUAGAUGUUGGAGAUGAUGGAGUAUCAGUGGAUUUCGGCCACGAUGAUGAAAGUCCCCUUUCAUUUGACUAUGGUCGGUCCGAGAAUCAACUUGCAAGCAAUCCGAAUGCGGCUCACUUCUUCCUAGGUAAGGACUUGCAACCUGGCGCAAAAAUGAACCUCCGUUUCACAAAAACUGGAGCUAAAGCUAAGUUUUUACCUCGCCAAGUUGCUGAGGUACUACCCUUCUCCUUGGACAAGUUCUCAGAGAUCUUGGACAAAUUCAGAGUCAACCCUAAUUCAACAAAAGCUAAGAUAAUAAAGGCAUCAAUAGAAGAGUGUGAAGAUCAACCAUUAGGGGAGGAGAACAAAUACUGUGCCACAUCAUUAGAAGCUAUGAUAGAUUAUAUUAUUUCGAAGCUUGGAAAAAAUGUUCGAGUUAUAGCAACAGAAGUUGAUAAAGAUAAUACAAAGCAGCAGGAAUUCAAAAUCACAGGAGUGAGGAUGGUAGGUGACAAGAUAGCAGCAUGUCAUGCCCAAAACUACAUGUACCCGGUCUUCUACUGCCAUGAAAUGCACGCUACUAGGGCCUACAUGGUUCCAUUGGUUGGAGCUGAUGGAACCAAAGCCAAGGCUGUUGCUGUAUGCCAUUUUGACACAUCAAAAUGGAAUAAGAAUCACAUGGCUUUCCGAGUUGUUAAGGUUAAGCCUGGGACUGUUCCAAUCUGUCACUUUCUACCAGAGGACCACAUUGUCUGGGUUGCUAGUUAG